AAUCUGAUCGACCAAUGAAUAAUACGUUAGACGAAUUCCAAUGCAAAAUUUAAUAAUAAUUACAAAUCACCUUAUCAUCUUCAAAUUCAGCGAAAGCGCUUCUCUUAAUGGAGGUCGAUUGUACUGUCAAUUCGCCAAUUUCCGACGUUCAAUCAAAUGAUCAUGAAGUGAAAUCUAGUCCAACUGUGAUAUGCUAUGAAAAUACUAUUGGAACACCGACAACAGUUGAACACUAUUCUGAUUUAUAUGAUAACAGAUCAAAUAAAGAUCCUAGAAAUAAUUUGGAGUCGUCAGUGAAUGAAAGUGGUUAUAGUUCUUAUUGUAAUUAUAGUUACAUAUCAACUGAAGAACCGUGUCCUACAUCAAAUAAGGGGUUUAUAAAAGAUGUAUUUACUAAAGCAGAAGAAAGUGACACUCAAUUUUGUGUCAAUACCUGUCAGUCACUCUACACAGUUCCAGAUGUUUCAAAGAACACUAUAUACCGUAAUGUAGAAUUUACAAGUGACAAUAAUGAGACAGUCAGCGCAGUAGAAUCCAUAGUUAAUCAUGGUGUAGAUUCUAGCAGUUACAACAUACCUGCGACAAAUAUGAUUAGUUCUGUUGUUCACCACAAUCACGCAUCGACCGUUGCAAGUGAAUUCACCAAAAUCUUCAAUUACCAACGUGAUACUAUGUCAACCCCAGAUAUAACACAGAGGAAUGAUGGUCAAAGAAAUUUAAAAAGUGAUCCUGAUCAUUUUUGGCUAAAUCACUGUGAAGAUCUUCAUAAGUCAGUUAACCGGAGAGUAGACCAUUUUACUAAUGAUCAACAGAAAGCAUUGCACGGCUACAUAGAAAGUGGGAAUAUGUCGACAUGUCCAGAUCAACAGUAUGCACAGUCACAUGCUUAUUUAAACAAUUAUCAAGUAAAAGAGAACGAUUCAAAACCACCUUAUGAUUCGAAUUUCUUUGAAGUUGCUUGCAACGCGAUGAAUACGCAUUCGCAGAAUUACUCGUCUAAGGAUUUUAAUUAUGCCAAUUCUCAGAAUUCUGUAAUAGAUUAUGUCUCGUCAUAUCAAGAUAGUAAUCAGUCUUCUGAAAGUGUCAGUCCUUGCGUUAAAAGAUCCUCUUUUUAUCCUCAAGCUCAUAGUUAUUAUUGGCCAUGGGUGGACAGAAUUUGCGCUGAAAAUUGCGCUUCUAAAUUAGGUUCAGUUUAUACUUCAGAUCUUUCUUCUAAAGGAAUAGUGAACAAUGCAAAUUCAAACUUCGCGUCGCCCUACAACUCUCAAUCGCUAUUUAUCAAUGGUACUAAUCUUUCCUAUAUCAGUGAAAAGUCAAAUGAACAAUCUCAAUCUUCGAACCUUUCAGCAGUCAAUUUAUGUACAGGUGAAACAAUGUCUGCUUUUCAUUCUAUUGCUCAAAUGUCGAGUGAUUAUUCUGACGCAUCUGUGAUUCCCGGUAAUAUGCCAAAUAUCAUUUUGAUGCCUGCACAGAGUAGUGUUGAUGUUUCAUCUCAGUCUGUUGUAAUUAGUCAUAAGGAAUCACAAGCAGAUGGGAAUAGUAUAAACUAUAGCGAAAAUUCUUGGCAACCAGAAAUGAAUUCACUUCAGUGUUCAUCACACAAACGAUUAACAAAUAAACAGAGAAAGACUGUAUGUGUUUCAAUGAGUAAUGAAGAUCGAACGGAAGAAUCGAACAUUCCCCAGGAUGAAACCAGUACAAGUACGCACACUUCAUCUACUUAUGAUAUGUCUAAUCUACAUCGAGAAAAUGAAGUUUGUUUAAGUCAAUCAGUCUCGGGAAAUAACUAUGUAUGGUCAUCAAAAAGUAAUAAAGUGAAAUUUAAUUCUCGUGGAAGGUCAAAAAAAUACACUGAUGCAAUUAAUUUAACACGAAAUAGACCAUUGAAUGAAACAGCGCUGAGUGUAAUGGAAAGUUGGUAUACAAAUCAUGUCGAUAAUCCAUAUCCUACAACUGCAGAGAAAGAACAAUUGGCAGCACUUGGCGGUAUAACAGUUAUUCAGGUAAGCUCAUGGUUUGCCAAUCGACGUACACGUACAGCAAAUACUAAACCGAAGAAGAAUCGACGAAAGUUGUAUCAUCAAAUUUAUCAAUUGGCCGUCGAAAUCGAAGCCAUGACACAGGGUGCACUUCGAGCUUCCGAUUUACAGGAACGAAUUGGGCAGAUUAUUGAUGAAUAUUUAACAUGAAUUGCCCAGCUUUAAUUUUUCAUUACCCUCUAAAACACAACGUUUCUUUUUUCAUCCUUGUUUAUAUAUAUCGAUCCAGUUCCGGUUUAAUUUUUUUACAUCAGAGUCAGAGUCGUAUUUUCUUGUUUAUAUUUUUUUAUUACUUUACUUAUUUUGAAUUUUUGAUCGAUCAAAAUGGUUCUUAUUCUAUAUAACGAAUACAAUUUCUUGAUUGAA